ACAGACGCUGGCAGCCACCAGAAGUUUGAGCCUCUUUGGUAGCAGGAGGCUGGAAGAAAGGACAGAAGUGGCUCUGGCUGUGAUGGGGAUCUUACUGGGCCUGCUACUCCUGGGGCACCUAACAGUGGACACUCAUGGCCAUCCCAUCCUGGAAGUGCCAGAGAGCGUAACAGGACCUUGGAAAGGGGAUGUGAAUAUUCCCUGCACCUAUGACCCCCUGCAAGGCUACACCCAAGUCUUGGUGAAGUGGCUGGUGCAACAUGGCUCAGACCCUGUCACCAUCUUCCUACGUGACUCUUCUGGAGACCAUAUCCAGCAGGCAAAGUACCAGGGCCGCCUGCAUGUGAGCCACAAGGUUCCAGGAGAUGUAUCCCUCCAAUUGAGCACCCUGGAGAUGGAUGACCGGAGCCACUACACGUGUGAAGUCACCUGGCAGACUCCUGAUGGCAACCAAGUCGUGAGAGAUAAGAUUACUGAGCUCCGUGUCCAGAAACUCUCUGUCUCCAAGCCCACAGUGACAACUGGCAGUGGUUAUGGCUUCACGGUGCCCCAGGGAAUGAGGAUUAGCCUUCAAUGCCAGGCUCGGGGUUCUCCUCCCAUCAGUUAUAUUUGGUAUAAGGAACAGAGUAAUAACCAGGAACCCAUCAAAGUAGCAACCUUAAGUACCUUACUCUUCAAGCCUGCGGUGGUAGCCGACUCGGGCUCCUAUUUCUGCACUGCCAAGGGCCAGGUUGGCUCUGAGCAGCACAGCGACAUUGUGAAGUUUGUGGUCAAAGACUCCUCAAAGCUACUCAAGACCAAGACUGAGGCACCUACAACCAUGAGAUACCCCUUGAAAGCAACAUCAACAGUGAAGCAAUCCUGGGACUGGACCACUGACAUGGAUGGCUACCUUGGAGAGACCAGUGCUGGGCCAGGAAAGAGCCUGCCUGUCUUUGCCAUCAUCCUCAUCAUCUCCCUGUGCUGUAUGGUGGUUUUUACCAUGGCCUAUAUCAUACUCUGUCGGAAGACAUCCCAAGAAGAGCAUGUCUAUGAAGCAGCCAGGGCGCAUGGCAGAGAGGCCAACGACUCUGGAGAAACCAUGAGGGUGGCCAUCUUCGCAAGUGGCUGCUCCAGUGAUGAGCCAACUUCCCAGAAUCUGGGCAACAACUACUCUGAUGAGCCCUGCAUAGGACAGGAGUACCAGAUCAUCGCACAGAUCAAUGGUGACUACGCCCACCUGCUGGACACAGUUCCUCCGGAUUGUGAGUUUCCGGCCACUGAGGGCAAGAGUGUCUGUUAAAAAUGCCCCAUUAGGCCAGGAUCUGCUGACAUAAUUGCCUAUUCAGUCCUUGCCUUCUGCAUGGCCUUCUUCCCUGCUACCUCUCUUCCUGGAUAGCCCAAAGUGUCUGCCCUGCCAACACUGGGGCCCCGGGAAUCACUGGCUUUGCCUUAGAAUUUGCCAGAUGCAUCUCAAGUAAGCCAGCUGCUGGAUUUGGCCCUAGCCCUUCUAGUAUCUCUGCCCAGGGGCUUCUGGUACUCCUCUCUAAAUACCAGAGGGAAGAUGCCCAUAGCACUAGGACUUGGUCAUCAUGCCUACAGACACUAUUCAACUUUGGCAUCUUGCCACCAGAAGACCAGAGGGAGGCUCAGCUCUGCCAGCUCAGAGGACCAGCUGUAUCCAGGAUCAUUUCUCUUUCUUCAGGGUCAGAUAGCUUUUAAUUGAAGUUGUCAUUUCACAGACCAGGGUUCAGUUCUGCUCCUACACUGUAAGUCUAAUGUUCUGACUCUCUUCUGGUGCUCAAUAAAUAUCUAAUCAUAACAGCAA